UCGUAUUGUGAAAUGUUCCCGAUUUCCUGUCCAACAUACAUGGAAAUGACUUGUAUGUACACAUGUCUCAUCUUUCCUUUGUCAGGUGAUUUAAUAGCUUUUGACUGGAAUUCUGAUCCAGAACAAUGGCAAGAAACUGCGUUGAUCAACUAGCUUGAUAUUUGGAAAACAGCUUCGUUUUGUGAGAGAUGUCACGAAGAAGUAGCUGCAGUCUGCUCUGUUAACUUCAUGGGAAAAGGGCUUUUAGUGGAAACUAAAGGGAAAACGGGCUUUAUUUAAAGGGAAAUAGAGUUUAUCCAGACUGAAGCUGAGGACUUGGCAAGAAAACACAAAAUGACUCCUGAAUCAAAAAAACUUUUCAACAUACUUAUUUUGGGAUUCUCGUUUAUGUUUAUAUUUAUGGCUUUUCAAACAUGUGGAAACAUUGCGCAAACUGUUAUAACAAAUUUAAACAGCACAGAUUUUCAUGGUAGCGGCUACACAAGCAUGUCCAUUAUUUAUGGAGUAUUCUCAGCAUCAAACCUUUUCUCACCUUCAGUGGUUGCAAUAGUGGGACCUCAACUCUCCAUGGUUGUCAGUGGCCUAUUUUAUAGCUUGUACAUUGCAGUUUUUAUCCAACCUUCUACGUGGAGUUUCUACACUGCUUCUGUUUUUAUUGGCAUUGCAGCUGCUGUACUAUGGACAGCACAGGGAAAUUGCUUGACUGUGAAUUCUGAUGAAAACAGCAUUGGAAGGAACAGUGGAGUAUUUUGGGCACUCUUACAGUCCAGCUUGUUUUUUGGAAACCUCUACAUAUACUUUGCUUGGCAAGGGAAAACUUACAUCACAGAGAGCGAUCGCAGAACUGUCUUCAUUGCGCUGACUGUUAUCAGUCUUGUGGGCACAGUUCUCUUCUUUCUGAUUAGGAAACAAGAGGACUCAAAAGCUCCAGGGGAGGCAGAUUCUACUAAUGAAAUCCCAGGGGACAGCUCGUCUGCACAAAACAAAAUGACGAGAGCAGUGGAUGCCUUUAAGAAAUCUGUAAAGCUAAGCUUCACCAAGGAGAUUCUGCUUCUCAGUGUUACAACAGCCUACACAGGUCUGGAAUUAACAUUCUUUUCUGGAGUAUAUGGAACAUGUAUUGGUGCUGUGAAUAGGUUUGGUGGUGAAGAGAAAAGCCUUAUUGGUCUCUCUGGUAUUUUUAUUGGAGUUGGAGAAAUUUUAGGUGGAGGAAUCUUUGGUUUACUAAGCAAGAACAAUCGCUUUGGCAGGAACCCUGUUGUGAUGCUAGGCAUCAUUAUUCAUUGCAUAGCCUUUUAUUUAAUUUUUUUAAACAUGCCAAAUGAUGCCCCUAUUGCUCCCAUGGAAGGAACAGAUGGCAUUGCUUAUAUGAUUCCAAGCAAAGAGGUGGCCAUAUUCUGCAGCUUUCUGUUGGGCCUGGGAGACAGCUGCUUUAAUACCCAACUCCUCAGCAUUUUAGGAUUCCUGUAUUCUGAAGACAGUGCUCCUGCCUUUGCCAUCUUUAAGUUUGUUCAGUCCAUCUGUGCUGCAGUUGCAUAUUUCUACAGCAACUACUUCCUUCUGCAGUGGCAACUCCUCAUCAUGGUGGUUGUGGGCUUCUUCGGAACAAUCACCUUCUUUACAGUGGAAUGGAAAGCAGCGGCUCUUCGUGUCCGUGGCUCUGAGUACAGCAGCAUUUGAUCUAGAUACACCACGCUUAGUCCAACGUAAGGAAAAACACAGGCACACUUACUGUCAAGUGAUGUGGGACGGUGAAAAGAUCAAGUUGAAGAGGUUAAGAUGGAGGAAGCUACUACUAAACUGCCAUCAGUCUAACUGAACACGAAACAUGGGAGGAAAAAAUACCAAGUCUGAAAGCCUAUUUUCUUUAAUCAGCCGAGUGUGGUAUGCAUGCUCUUAAAAAUCCUGUGUUAACGAUGGAAGCAAAUAGAGAUUUAUGUAUUGAACAAUUCUGUUCUAAUCUAUACCUUCCUGAAGGUGUAAUUGCCUAAUUUCACUCUAUUAUUCACCACAGAAUUAUUUUUUUCGUAGAUUAGUUUUUUUACCUGUGUUCUAGUUCUGCAGACACUGGAGUUCUUCUAUUGAAUGAGCAAUACUUUAGGUGUUAUUACAGAAUGUGUCUGUACAACAGAAAAAUGAAUUUGCCAUUGACUUGUUCAACAAUUAGAUAUGCAGAAGUAUUUCUGUGGGAAAUGUUGCCUUACUACUUUAACUGAAAGUCUUUGAAUUCUUGUUUACAAGAAUUUGCUUUACUUAGUCAUCCUAAAGACAUGAUCGUGUGAAGUACUGGUAUUUGAAAACAGCUUGUAGGCUCAGCAUCUACCAGCGUUGAACUGCGUUGGGAGAGCUGCUGUAACUUUCUCAGGGUGGUGCUAUGUGAAGGACCACAAGACGUGGCUUCCCUCUCAGACUUCCAAAUAGUCCUUUUGAAUUCACUGAAACCUUCGUCAUAAUCUGUGUUGGAAGCAUUGUCAAAGAUACCUUUUAAAAGUACAAACGGGCUCAGAAUGUGAACUGUAAGAGUAAUCUUGUGGUGGUUAUUCUACAGCAUGGUCUAAAAAUACCUGACACGAUUGACGUAAGCAGUUUCGUUCAAUGUAUUUUGGGAAUACUGUACUGUAAUCUCAUUCUGCAAAAUGUGAAAACAAGCUGAAUAGCACAGCAACUAAGUUUUAAUCCAGAACUGUUGUAGAUGGUAACGUAAUGUAGGCAGCAAAUGCAAAACCACCUUGAUUUUAUCCGUCUACAUGACUUUAAUUCUUGCAGCAUUGUUUCCAUCCAGCAAACAAGAUGCAACUGAGAGCAGAUGUGGAAGACUGAGAAAGGUGUGUCUUUCGACACUCCUAUUUAUAGAGAAGUACUGUUUGCUAGCCUUUUUAUGUACAGACAGAAUGCAAAUGUCUUAUUUUUGAAGAUGUUUAAAAAAAGUUGACUCAGAGUAUUUGUCAGUAGCUCCUACAUGUCAUAACUAUGUAGGUGUACCCGAGGUUAAACUUGGUGAGCACAGUAUCUCUUGUGACACUUGCAGUCGCUCUUACUCUCACAGGGCAUGUAACACUACUCCUGUGAAGCACAGCUGUCUUCAUGCACAAUAAAAUAGCAAAGAGUUAUUUUAGAGGCAUAUAGAAAGAUUUUAAAUUCACUCCAGGUUUUUGCUUGUUCAUAGGGUGUUAAGGAGGAUUAGAGGGCACCUGAACAUUUGGCAAGCAAAGAAAUGCAAGGACAGGCAGGAAAGCCCUUUUGUAUUCCCGGGAGUUUUAAUGAAUAAUGUUAAAUAAAAAAAAGAGCACACAUUGAGGGGUUAUUGAAGCCAUUCCAAUUUGUCAGACUGGAUGUUCAGUAUUCAGUCAAAAAAAAAAGUGAGUAGCAGCACUCUAAUGCUCUUAUCCACUCCAGUUCUCCUGUAAUUGGAGCCAUGCUAUUUAUAUCUUGAACACCUGAAGGUAUACAUUGUAGGUGAUAGGUUAUCCAUCGUGGAUGAGACAAUGCUGUCAGUGAUUACGCUUCUCUUGUUGCUAUGUAUUUGUAUUUUCUCCCAAAUACUGUAAGCGAUAAAGUCUCUUUUUUUUUUCAGAUACAGAGUUACUUUUCUCUGUGGUUAUUUGUGGGACCUGUUCUUGCCAUACAUAUCAACAAGAGAAGGACUGACAGUCCACAAGGAACAGCUUUGUCUUACAGGGAGGGAAAGUGAUUCUCAGGUCUUGUGGUAGUGAGUAACUUAUAAAUGCAUUUAAAGUGAUGCAGUUUAAUUUUAGCUAGGUAAUGCCUCUCAUGAGGUUGCUUUUAAAAUUGCUCCCUUUUAAUGAACUGCUGUGGUGUUCAUCUGCAGCAUAAGAAUUAUAUCAACUAUUUUAUUAGAAAUUGAAGAAAAUCUCCAAACUUCUGUAGCUUCAGCAAGUGUUUCAAAGCCAACUGUCAGGGAUCCUAAUGAACUAGGACUUGUGCAUGUUCAGUAUGUAUGUGAAUCAGAUGUUUUACUCUUUUUUUCCUCUUUCUAUUCUGCUUGGUCUGACUCAAUAUUAGAUGAUGUUAGAAGGCCGUUCAGAACUAUUUAUUGGAUCAUUGAAGUGAGGUAUUAUUGCUCUGACAAGUUUCACAAGGCUAUCUGUGAAACAGUUUAGAGAAUUUCAUGGAUUUCAUUUUUUAUUUUGCUAUUAACUAUCUAAGUGUAACUUUUAACUUUUGAUCUUCAGAAACCGUUCUCAGAUAACCAAGCUGGCCAUGACACAUGAUUGCCUUUCAGUUAUUUCCUUGAUUUGCUGGGUAAUAAAAAUCCACACAGCAAUACACAAUAGUUUGGUCAGAAUUUUUGGUGUAGCAGUAUGAAGAAUAGGAAUGCUGGCAUCCAUUAUCAUUCCAUCUCUUAAUCUUUUUAUCAGUAUUUACCAGCCCUGCGACUGUACCCCAUUCAUUUCGCUUCCUUGAUCUUUGAACAAUUUUACAUUAAUCUGAGUUGUAAGCUUACUGUUUAUUUCAGUGGGAUUUGAAAAAAAGCUUUUGCUGUAUUUGUGGUAUCAUGGUUUUGUCUUAUGUUAGAGAUUUUAUCUUUAAGUGAAAGCACACAUUAAUUUGCUUAGGUUUAUUAAAUAUACCUCUUUUUGCUGCGUGUAUCCUUUUACAUUGUUACUGAAGUCUAAUAUCCUGACAUAUCACAUCCAAGUUUUUCUAACAAAUGCUAAGAGGAAAUGAAAACUGAUAUUCAUGACUUCUGAGUGCCAAAGAAGCUGCUGUAAAUUAGUCUUUCAUGCAUAUCGUGUAAGCAUAUCUACAUUUUUGUCUUGCCAGUUGGUUUUACUUCUGAUACAAUAUGAAUGUAUGCAACGAGUUUCUACAGCUCGUUCAUAAUUAUGUCCUUAUUUUUGUUGUGAUCAUUUCAUUUGGUACAACCUAUGUUAGCUGAGAUAAAGAAGGGAACCAUUUAUAAAAUGUUCUUUAGAAGUCUGAUCUUUAUAACCUUCUGCAGAUACAUCUAAACUAGUAAGGGAUAUUUGGGGGGAAGUCAUAACUUUCACUGAGGUUGCUGCUUUAGUAGAAGCCCUCCUGUGGUGUGCCUAUUUGAAAGCUAGAAGUCUGCUGGUUUAGUUCCUUACAUUUUUGUGACCAGUUUAAACUGUAUGGGAAAGAGCUUUCUGGUGGGGUAUGUUGGUUAAGCUUUCUGGAGAAUAAUUUUGGUGUAGAAAACUAUAGAUCUGGGGUCUUGUGUGAGUUGACCAGACUGAGAAAGCUCCACUUGCCUUUCUGCUAACUCCACUAGCUUACUUCAGCUGGGGAACGUGGCUCCCUUGACAGUCUACAUGAAAUGCCAGUGAGUAAUGCUGUGGAGGUUGCCUAGGAGUUUGCCUCUGCUUGAGAAGUAGGCCGCGCGUGAAGAGAACUUCACAUUUCCAGAGCGAUGUUUAAUUGUUUGCUGUCAGCAAAAGGAAGAAAACCCAAAACGCAGAAUUAAAGGUGGAGCUGAAGUGAAGAAGCUAGCUGCUUGUCAUUCUGAUGUGUCUGCAUGGGUUCAGGAGCAGGGGUGAGGAUCUCUAUUGGUUGUUAUUUCUGCAGAUAAAUUCAGAAUGACACUUUGAGCUUAAUUAUGGAAAUUAUGCUUGUGCCACAAGAGAAGCACUAACGAGAGUGGAAGAAACUGCCCUAAAGAGGAACAGAACGACUCUGAACUGAGGAAACACUUCACAGCAGGCACAUGGAGGGGAUGCUUUGUGCGGUUGAGUUUGGGCAUGUAGCUGCUGCUGCUGGAACUCAAUUUCUGUUUCAUGCUUCCUCUGCUGUCUUAGUUACUUCAGUUGUUCGGUGUCUUCUUCUGAGCUAUCCUGUCAUUUCUUUACACUUUGACAUUGUUAAAUUUGUUUUAAGUCUAAUGGUUGAGAUCUUUUUUACUUUUAUAGAAGGUGGGUUUAGGUUAGAACUCAUGAUGCAUUAAUUAAGAACAGGCUCACAAUUAUCCUAAUGGAAACACUGAUUUCAAGUGUAUUGAGUGAAAACAGCCUCUGGUUUUCUUUAUGUGGUCACAGCCACGCAAAUAAAAUGACACAAUGUUGUUAA